UAACAAGUUGAGAAAAUCAUUUGCUGAGUGUUUCCUCGAUUCCUGAGGGCCUAAUUAGCGUCAGACCCGUGGGGGUCCUCCGGUAUGAGAUGAAUUCCAGCCUCAUUUGACUCACGUUGUAAGCAGCUCCAAUUGUCUCGUCGGCGGUGGCUGAGUUCUAUUCAUCCUCCAAUUAGAUUAUCUAUCAGACCGCCACAUUGGCAUACACGGCGUCUAAUAUAUGCUGGUUCUGCACGUAGAAUUACACAGUAAUCUAACCUUUGCUUUCUAUCAUAUCUGACUGUCUCUAAUAUCAUGGUAUUUAGCGCACAGUCGAAACCGGACGUGAUUCGCGCGCAGACCAACCAUGGAUCCCACGAACCCAAUAGACGAUAACGUCGUUGCUGCUCUUCCAAAUGUCUCAGAAAUCGUCGAAACAAGAUACCAUGGAGAGUCAGCAUGGGCCAAAGCGAGUAGGGUCAGAGUAUUACAUGACGAUGGGAAAGAAGAAGAUUACUUCAUGAAGGUUUCUGUCGGUCACCAUGGCCGUGAGGCCCUCAAAGGAGAAUUCGAGUCUACAUCGGCCAUCUAUAACAUCACCCCCGACUUCUGCCCCAAGCCCAUCGCCUGGGGGACCUUCGCAAGCGAUCCGACACUGCACUUCUAUAUUUGCAAAUUCUAUGACUUUGACAAAGGUGUUCCCGAACCUGAGUCAUUCUGCGAGAAGUUAGCUCGGCUUCAUUCCAGCCACACUUCCCCCAACGGGAAUUUUGGAUUCCACUGCUCGACAUACAAUGGCAACCUGCCACAGGAUAACUCUUGGUCCGACAGCUGGGAAGCUUUCUUCACAAAUGGCCUCCGACACGUGCUGAAUAUUCGUGAGGAGAGAGCCGGACCCAACGUCGAGCUAGAUGAGCUUCUCCCUCCUCUGUUUGACAAAGUUAUACCCCGGCUUCUACGACCGCUGGAGAGCAAUGGACGCAAAAUACUACCGUCACUAGUACAUGGCGAUCUUUGGUACGGCAAUGCCGGAAUCGUCGACGAGAACACUGAUGAGGGUAUAGUCUAUGACCCGGCUAGCUUCUGGGCACACAAUGAGUAUGAGCUUGGCAACUGGCGCCCCGAGCGAAAUAAAUUCACUCGUCGAUACUUCCAGGCAUAUCAUUCUCACAUACCCAAGUCCGAGCCUCAGGAAGAUUAUGAUGAUCGAAAUGCACUCUACUCGUUAAGGUUCAAUCUACAUGCUUCCGCCAUGUUUCCGCACCAGGAAACCUUCCUGCAGAUGGCAAUCGACGAAAUUCGGAGGCUCACUGAACGUUAUCCUGAGGAGUUUAAAUUAUAGUAGAAGCCUUGCUUGCCAAGGGAUUAUUCUUUUAUUCGGUCAGGGGUAAUUUUGUUAGUUCAAUUUGUUGACUCCGUACAAUCAAUGAAGAUGCUUUUACGUUUCCUGGUUAAAUCAUACCAAGCUUUGAACUGUACGAUAUACUGUGCGUGUAAUAUACUGUAUACUUGUCUCUUCUCUCUUAUCAUCUGCUGUUCCCCUCACGAUGUGUGUACCCGGUGGCGUACAUCUACGACGCCCGCCCUUCUUGCCUCCCCACUAUCCUCCAGGCAAAAUCUACUGUAAGACAACUUAGGUCAACUUAUUAUCGUCAUUUUGUCAACCAUGGACCUCCCUGAAACCUUCGUUCUGAACAAUGGUCGCGUGGUUCCCGCCAUUGGCCUAGG